CUUAAAAAUCUGUUAUACGCAUGUGUAAUGAAACGUCAACAAAAUUGACUUCCUGUGUUCUAGAAACAGAAUGUAAACACAUUUUCUUCGUUUUAGGUGUUAAUACUAGAAUUGAUAUAGUUUUAAUGAAAUGAAAAGCAUUAAGUAAAGUAAAAUGAGUUCCACUACACAGACACCAGAAGGAGCGGAAGGUGGGUGUGAUGUUCCGCCGAACAAAUCUGAGACACCAGAAAACGAAGACUCCACAUUUUAUGAAUGUAACAUUUGUCUUGACACUGCCAAAGAUGCUGUUGUCAGCAUGUGUGGUCAUUUGUUUUGCUGGCCAUGUCUACAUCAGUGGUUAGAAACAAGACCUAACAGAAAACUGUGUCCAGUUUGUAAAGCUGGAAUAGAUAAAGAUAAAGUAAUACCUAUUUAUGGCAGAGGGUCAACAGAUAAAACUGACCCAAGAGAAAAGUUGCCUCCAAGACCCCCAGGUCAAAGAGCAGAACCUGAAAAUAAUGGAGGGGCUUUCCCUGGAUUUGGAUUGGGUGAUGGAGGAUUCCAGAUGUCGUUUGGUAUUGGAGCUUUUCCUUUUGGAAUAUUUGCAUCAGCGUUUAAUUUUAAUGAUGGAAGACCUGCUCCAGCCGCACCGGGUUCACCACAUCACACAGAGGAACAAUUCCUGUCUAAAGUUUUCUUAUGGGUGGCCGUGUUGUUUAUGUUUUGGCUGCUUAUCGCAUGAUUCUGUUAUGAAUGGAUGAUACUAAGAUUGAAAGGGCAUGUGGUGUGCAGAUAGAAUGAGUGGACUUGGAUGAAAAUUAAUAUAUUGAUUAUAUUUAGUUUAGAAAUCAAAUUAUUCUGAAACGCUACAUGUAUCGAGAAUGUUAUAAGGAGACUGAAUUUGAAAACCAGUCAAGAAAGUAAAUUGAAAUUGACUUUUGAUUUAUUUACUUAUUUGCAAAACAAUGAUUUGUAUAUUUUGAUGUAUAAAUUCAUUUUCAAAUUGGUUGAUUUCUAAAAAAUGAACAUUCUUUGUUUAUCAUAUAUAUUUCUAUAAUUUAUUAACAGGGUAAUUUAAUAUGAUUAUAAUUUGUAUCAGUAUUUGUUCCUACUAAUGCAAUAUCUUGUCAAAUAUUUGUGAUUUUUUUGCCAAAAGAGAUAUAUGAUUUGUUACACAUGCAAUUUGCAAAAAUCGCAGUAAUAAACCUGAUAAAUGCACAUUAUAAUUUUUAUAAUUUCAGAUUUACAGUAUGCCCUGCAAGUCAAAUGAUCUGAGCUGAAACCUUAUGUUUCUUUAAUAUUAUAUUAUGUUAUGUUAUCCCAACAACCUCCCAACAAUCUUAUUGUUUAUUGUGCAAUAGAGUGUUAUUUAUAUAUUCUAAAGAUACAACUUACAAAUACUAAGUUUACAUGUAGGCACACUACUAAGGUCACCUCCAACCCCAAAUACAUACCAGAUAGUUAUUUCUAAAAAAAAAUUCAUAUUAUAUUAAAUUUGCUUCAAAUGAUUUUUUUAUUAUGCCUAAAAAUUUAUAAAUAUAGCUAGACAAUUAUGCACACAUGAGAGUAAAAUUAUUUUUGAUUGAAAACAGGAAAUGAAGUUGUGUGCAACAUGUGAAAUUGCAAGCACUAUUAUUACAAUGAUAAGCGGAAACAUCAUUUUGACAAAACAAUAAGCUGGAUCUGGGAUCAGAACCCCCCAUUGAGACCACCUUAUAUAAAUUGAUCUAUAUUGGUAUAUCCUAGUCUGAAUGCUUUGUGAGCUUGUUUCAUUUAUAAAGGCAUUAUCAAUGUUUUUUUUUGUUUAUGGUUGAUAAGUUUUGUUGUUAUAUUUUUCGUAUUAAGAAAUGAAUGGAAACUUCGAUUUAUAUUUUUUCAUCUUAAGACAUACUUGAUUAGAAACUUUGAUUCAUUAAAAUUAACUGUUGUUUUAGAGGUCAAUGGUACAAUCAUGUGAUAUAUUGUAUAGAAUUUUAUUCCUUGUUAUUUGCUAAUAAAACAGUAUUACUGUAGGUUCAUUAUUAUUCGUUGGAUACAAUUUUCGUAGAUUUUGUUGAUACAGGUGAACCACGAAAUUAAAUGUUCCAGGACUGACAAAUUUCCAAUAGACUUGUAUGCAGACUUUGGCAUAACCACAAAAUUAAAUAUCCACAAACAUGUAAGUUUCCUUCAUCCACCAAAAUUGACACCAAUGUAAUUACUAUGAAUCUAUAGUAUGUGUUUGUUAUUUAUUAUUCUCAGAUUAAAAUGUUGUGUUUGUGUAUGGUACUUUAAUGAGAGAUUGUUGUUGUCUUUAUGCAGAGAAUAGAUAUAUAUGUGUGUGUCUGUGAUAGUGUACAAACAGAAAUACUAAUAAAUAUAUUACAGAGUACACUA